GUUCGUUACUGUUGAGACCCGUCCGGCUCCUCAGACAGAAGUUGGGAUUUUUUUCCGGAGUCAUGGGGCCAAAAUGACCAGGAACGCCUAAACCUUUACAGAGUUCCUCCUUUUUAUUGGACAUUUGAACCUGUUCUCGGCCUAAAUAUCGCGGUUUAAACUACAGGAUGAAAACGAGAGGUUCACCAUCAGCUCCGCCACCGGUUCACGUCCACGUAGCGGAGAGCACGCCUGUCCAUGUUCAUAUGAGGAGGAGUCCCAGCAGAUCUCCACAGGUGAGAGAUGAUCAGCUGAGGGGAGAUGGAGGCAAACCAAAGAUCCGGACGCCUUGGAUUCCACCAGGAAGAAACUCUUGCAGACAGGAUUUGGGUUCCUACAAGCCUCAGAAAAGCAGAACACAGCUUCAGUCAGACGAUGGGAUCAGGAAUCAGCGAGAUGAAGAGGAGCAGGAUGAAGACCGGCACAGAGUUUCUAAAAACCUCACUGUGCUGCUGGGGGAACAUGGCAGCUUAUCAGAGUCCCAUGAUCAACAAAGAGAGACAGACGUGCUCCUGAGGGCGCUGGUAGAGGCAGAAAUCGACGGUGUAGCUGUAGCCAAUCAGCUGACAGCUCUGAAGGAAACCAUUGAUGGCCUUACUAAGGAGCGGCGUCUGUCGAAGCUUCAUGCAGCCUCACUGGGACGGCAGCAGGAGCUGCUGCUGGAAAAAAUCGAAAUGUUUGACAAAACAAACCACAGCCUUCGAGACCUCCUCAGGGACUGGAGCGAUUCAGAGAGAAGGACUCUGAUGUGGUCGACAGAGAAAGACGCCCUGAAGAAGAAGUUGGCUGACAGUGAAGCAGAAAACAUGAGACUUUUCACUAAACUCUCUAACAAGGAGAAGGAGGCUUCACAGCUGGCUGAGCACCUGGACUUUGAAAAGGACAGCAUGAAGACAACAGAGGAGCUGUCAAGGAUUCUGGAGUCGACCCGCAAACAUCUGGAGUCUCAGCUGAACCAGGCUGAGGCAGAAAAGGCCCACCUGGCUGCUCAGAUCCAGAGGAUGCAUCAGAGUCAGGAGCAGCAGCGGAAGGAGCUCCGGAUUCUGCAGGAGGAGCUUCAGGCUCUGAGGGAGCAGAGGGGGGAAGAGGAGGCGCAGAAGAGGGAGGAGCGAGAGGAGCUGGCCCUGACCACGCAGCGCGCCGAACAAGCCAAGGAGACGGCAAGACAACUGGCAGAGAAAGUUCAGGAGAAGGAGGCGCAGCUGUCUCAGGCUCUGUCCACGUCCAGCGACUGGUGCCUGCGCCACUCGAAGGAAGCAGCUGGGAAACGGCAGCUGGAGGAAGAAAUCUCUGACCUCAAACGGAGGAUCACUGAGCUGAACUCCCGGCUUCGCUCGGCAGAGGAGAAGAGUCGAGCAGAGAGGGAGGAGCUCAGAAAUCAGCUUCACCAAAUGAGCGCUGAGAGCGCCUCCACGAAGCUGGAAAACCAAACGCUCAGGAGCGAGCUGACGUCGUCUGAGGAGAAAUUCAGGCGACUUCAUUCUGAGGCUCGUCAGCUGAAGUCAUCGGUCAAAAAGUCUGAAAUCCUGGUGGAGAAAUACAAGAAGAAGGUCCAGCAGGCCCGUCUGGAGGCAGAGGAGCACUGUCUGAGGCUAGAGGUGACACAGAAGGAGGCACGGGAGCUAAAGGAGAGCCUGGAGAAGGAGAAGGAGCAGAUGAGACGGGAGCUGCUGAACCAGAUCCAGGAGCUUGAGGCUUUGCCAGAGAGGCUGAGGAGGACGGAACAGCAGCUCCGAGACACACAGGAGGAGGCUGACGUCCAGGAGAGGAGGAAGAUGGAUCAUCAGGCUGCCCUGUCUGACGUCAGACUCAAGGUGGAGCAGCAAGGGGCUCAGCUGCAAACAUUUCAGCAGAGGAAUCUGCUGUUGCAGGAGGAAAACAACGUCCUGAAGGAGAAAAUUAACAACCUAGAGAGGAAGCUGGAGGAUAUGAAUGCAGAAAACCGAACUACGUCUCAAACUCUGAGCCUGAAGGAAGGAAACAUCCGCAGCCUUCAGCAGCAGCUGGAGGAGAAAACCCGCGAGUGCAGCGUGGUGUCCAGGCAGCUGCAGCAAGCUCUGGACGACGCUCAGAGACAGGUGGACAACAGCAUGCACAGGGUUCUGGCCAAAGAGAAGGCGUCCCAGUCCAAAGCGCUGGAGCUGCAGAGCCAGCUGAGCCGAGCCAAAUCAGAGCUGAGUCAGGUGCAGCGAAGCAAGGAGGAUAUGGAGCGUCGCUUUCAGACCCAGCUUCACAACAUGAAGGAGCGGCUGGACCAGUCGGAUUCUACAAACCGCAGCUUGCAGAACUAUGUUCAGUUUCUGAAGACCUCAUAUGGAAACGUCUUUGGUGAAUCUCAGCUCUCCAGCUGAGAAGAAUCCAGAACUCUCCUACGGCGUACAUUGUAGGACAUCCGAAGGUCUCAGGAAAUUUGUUGUUUCAGGAAAUGAAAGUUAUUUUUGCCAAAUAAGUGAAAUAUGUACAGACCAACUGUGCAGAAAUUUAAGUUUAACAAAGCUACAUUCUUGCCUAAAAACAUCCAACAUCCCUCUAUUUCCCAUUGUUCCCUGCGGGUCCAAGCGGAUUGGACAGCAAUGGCGGACGAUGGUGGUAACAUUUUAUUCCAGAGUCCAGAAAACUUUUCUAGGCACCCGAAAUUUUAUUUGUAUUUAUUUUUUGUCUAAGGAGAACUAAGGAUGUCCUAAAACCUACACCGUACUCUAAAGCACAGAUGUUCCAUUAAUUAAGGAGUGACUCACACUGUUUUAAAAUAAAAAGGUCUGAACCUCAUUUAUUACUUUUUCAGCAUUCUUGUAGAAGUAAAAACCUUUCAGAAAAAAGAAUUUUGUAACCUGUUUUUUUAUCGCAUUGUUUGUUUAACUUCAAAUAUGAACUUUCAUUAGUAUAUAUUUACAGAUUAUAGCAAGGCUGUCAUUAAUUAAAAUCACUCUUAAAGAUUUUCUGUCUUUUAUUUAUUUAAAUAUUUUUAUCUUUGGAUUGUUAACAUGGUGACAGUCCCCUUUGGAU